AUGGCGUCUGUCAUGACCGCUCUGGGGCCGGUUGCUGAUGCUGCAGCAGCCCCAGCUCCGGUGGAGGGCGGCUCCUGCCUGGGAGCUUUGGAGAACGACUGCAGCAAUCCUGAAUUGUCACACUCGCUACGCAUCGGGGCCGUCUUCAUCAUCCUCGCCUGCUCCUCCCUCGGCAUAUGGCUGCCCUACAUUGCCGGGAAAUUUGCUCUUGUGGGCCGGGAGACAAACUUGUUCCUGAUCCUGAAGGCCUUUGGCGCGGGAGUGAUCCUGGCCACUGGCUUCAUCCACAUGUUCCCCGACGCCGCAUCGCAGUUCUCCAACGAGUGUCUGGGCUGGCCCGACUACCCGUAUGCAUCUGCCAUCGCGCUCGUGACUAUUGUGGUCGUCCUGUUUCUGGAGAACCUGGUGUCCAUGGCCUACGAGAGGCGCAUGACCAGGCAGCUUGCGAGGCCUCACUCCCCUGAGGAGGGCUGCGCCAAUGGUGCCUGUGUCCCUGAACUGGACGAGAAGGUGAUUGCGCAGGAGGACGCCCGUGUCCGCAGCUUUGCCAUCGCACAGGUUCUGGAGACGGGCAUUGCGCUGCACUCGGUGCUGAUUGGCAUUGCGCUGGGCGUGUCCAACUCCCCCUGCACCAUCAAACCCCUGCUGGCCGCGCUCACCUUCCACCAGUUCUUCGAAGGCGUCGCCCUCGGCUCCUGCCUCAUCCAGGCAAGCAUCCUGAUCUACAUGGCUCUGGUGGACCUGAUUGCCGUGGACUUCACCACCAAGCGCUUCCGCAGCAGCCUGUCUCUGCAGGCUGGCAGCUACAUCAGCCUGCUGGCCGGCUGCGCUGUCAUGGCUGUGAUCGGCAUCUGGGCCUGA